GCGUAGAGGAUCUGCUGCUGGCAGCGGCAGCAUUCGCCUGCGCAGCGGAGAGCGGCGUGCGCUUGCGCAGAAAAUUGAAGCCGCUUCGGCAGCGUUGGGGAGCAUGCAUAAACUUAAAUCAACUCAGAAGGACAAAGUCCGCCAGUUCAUGUCAUGCACCCAGACUAGCGAGAAAACUGCUAUCUACUGCCUGACACAGAAUGAAUGGAAACUAGACGAGGCUACAGACAGUUUCUUCCAAAACCCAGAGGCCUUCCACCGAGAGUCUAUGAAGAGCACUGUGGACCAGAAGAAGCUGGAGCAGCUGUAUGGCAGGUACAAAGAUCCACAGGAUGAAAACAAAAUCGGAGUCGAUGGGAUUCAGCAGUUCUGUGAUGACUUGAACCUGGACCCUGCCAGUAUUAGUGUUUUGGUCAUAGCAUGGAAGUUCAGGGCUGCCACUCAAUGUGAAUUUAGCAAAAAGGAAUUUGUGGAUGGCAUGGCAGAGCUUGGGUGUGACAGCACAGAGAAACUAAAAUCUCUUCUUCCUAAGCUGGAGCAAGAGCUUAAGGACCCGGCGAAGUUUAAGGACUUUUACCAGUUUACCUUCACCUUCGCCAAGAACCCUGGGCAGAAGGGUCUAGAUUUAGAAAUGGCUGUUGCAUAUUGGAAGUUAGUAUUGUCUGGAAGGUUUAAAUUUUUAGAUCUUUGGAACACAUUUCUACUGGAACAUCACAAAAGAUCAAUUCCAAGGGAUACUUGGAACCUUCUCCUAGAUUUUGGAAACAUGAUUGCAGAUGAUUUGUCUAACUACGAUGAAGAAGGAGCCUGGCCUGUCCUUAUUGAUGACUUUGUAGAGUAUGCACGACCAGUGGUCACAGGCCUGGAUGCUGCCUCCUGAGAAGUUUCUUAUUUUUUUAAUAUAUUUUAUUAUAUUUAAAAGGACAUUUUUCCAUGAGAAAUACUUCUUUUUGAAUGGUGAAUUAGAUUUACAAAUCAAAUGCACUGGUUCCCUUCACCUGUCUACAAUGUCUACAGUGCCCAGUGCCCAGUGUCCAGCCCUUGGAUAGCCAUAUGCAUUUGCAAGCAAAAACAUGUCAUCCAAAAGAGUCUACACCCAAAGCCUCUGUCUCAUUUGUCUGCAUCAUGGGACUGCACCAGGUCACUGUGCCGUGUCACCGUCUGCUUUUCUGGUGUUUCUCUGGUCAAGAUCCACUCAUGCACACAGGCAUGGAGGGCCUGGAUACUAUCUGCUCAUCUGAUGUCAAGCUCUGAACAUCACUGUGCUGACCCUACCUCACAUUUGCCAAGACUUGGUGUCACAAGCGUGCCUUGCUGCCCAGCCUACAACGUGGCCAUGGGGCAGAUGUGCUGGACCCACUUGAGAAUUGGGGACUGGUCAAAUGCCCACACUCAGAAAGCCUGUCCCAGAUGUGCUGUUGGGGCAGCUUCUGGUAAUGGGACAUGCCCCUGACUUAGGAAACAUUCUGAGGCAUGUACAGUCUACGGUGAGAUGGACUGAUGAUGAACAUGGAUCUCACAGAGGAGGUGGAGGAUUGGAACAGGAGGACAGUCUCCACAAAGCCAACCCUCACUGUGUGAGAUGACAUCACUAGGGACCUGUGAAUGUAGAUCUGUAAAAGGGAAAACUAGAACAUCUUUGGGAAUGUAUGUAUGAUUACAAACUGACUGAACAAAAACCUGGAAAACAAAGCGUCCUUUUAGGUCUUGUGGGUCCCUGACAUGCACUUAACCUCUAUUCAGAGAAAUUUAUAGAUACAUAUAACUAAAUUUUGAAGGCCUGCAAUAUGCUCUUAUUUUUAAGAUUUAAAAUUCUUCAGGAAGACCAGUGAUAUGAUUGAGCAGGUUAAGGCAUGUGCUGCCCAGCCUGACAACCUGAGUUCAGUCCAGGGGACCCACAAUGUGGAAGGAGAGAACAGACUGCCAUAGGUUGUCCUCUGACCUCCACACAUGUGCCAUGAAAUGCAUGUAUUCCCCCUACACACAUGUACUUAACACAAUAAACUAAACAAAUAAAUGCAACUUUAAAAUUUUAAAUUCUAUGGGAUUGUCAAUAGACUGUGAAGUACUAGUGAUUGAUAAAGGCUUUUCAGAGACUUAUGCUUUCUGUUCUAUUAUUUACACUUGAACUGUGCAUGUUACAGAAAUGCUGAAAACUUCAGAAAUAGUAAAUAAAGUAUUUUCCCUGGU